AUCCGAACCCUCCGUCUCGGCAACAUGCUGAUGAGAAUACUUCUUUUUCAGGCGCGGAUGCUCAAGAGUUGCUGGGAAUGCGGCAGCAAUGUGAGUUUUUGCGUCUCCCCUCGUCAUCGUCACCUCGGCAUCGUCGGAACUGCUGCUGAUGGAUGGAUCCCAGUGCCAUGAUUGCAUUGAAAAGACGCAACGGCUCUGCCGGGGCUGCUGCGGAGGAUACUGCAUCAUCCACAACGAAGGAUCAACUGCCACUUUCGGUGCUCAUGCCGCGGACGGUUCCUCCGCCACCUGUGAUUCUGAAGAGAUACCCCCUUCCGUCGAGAUUAGCAUGUUUGAAACUCAGAGACCGAAAGGUGAUGUGGCCAUUGCUUUUUUUCAUGCCCAACAUCAAUAUCGACAUAUUUCCUUCCCUUCCCUUUUUUUUUCUUUUUUUCCCUCUCCUCUUGCGUUGGAACAGCCAACUCCUCUCAGAAUUUUGUUUCGCCUCUCCCUGGAGAUACUCACGGUGCCCCUGAGUUGUUCCGCACAAUGGAUUUGGCAAAGACGAUUUUUUUCCGGGGUGGAAUAGAGAUACACCCGACGCACAAUACCCCAUAUUAGAGAUUAUUCGUAUUCACAAAUCAUUUGGGUGUCCGGCGCUGGGUGUUAUGCAUGCCGUU